UUAAUUACAACUGAGCUAGCUAGAGGUAAAUCGUGGGAUUCCCAGAAGUGAAGGUUAGGUCUCACAACAAUAAUUUGGCGCCCAAAACGUGGGGCAAUUUCAGGGAAACGCGAAAGUAGGUAAAAAUUUUGUAGGUAAAUUCAGAUUAGGGUUGUUUUGUCGUUCGGGUAAAAAGUUAUUUUGGUACCCAGACAUGUCAUUUUUCAGGGAAAAGAGGUGUCCAUUGUGGAGGUUAAUUGUUAUAGGAAUUUGUAGGAUGCGUAGGCGUAGGAACUUGUUAAAAUGUGACAGGAAGAAUUUGGUAGGGUGUUUUUUGCAAUUUAAAUUAGAUUAGGAUGUUUAGGAUAGGAUUAGUUACGGGGUAGGUAGUGUUAGAAUUAGUGUUAGGAUUUUUUUUUGAACGUGAUUUUUAUUCAAGACGAGAAGAAAGAAGAGUUGUUCACGAUGGGAGUGUCAUCUAUUCAGGCAGCGAAUUUUGCGGUGUUUAUAGAAGCGAUAAGAGAGUUGAAGAAGGAUUUGGGCGAAAAAAUGAAAGCGCAGAAUGCGGAAUUAAAAGCGGAAUUAAAAGCGGAAUUAAAGGAAGAAAUCAGACAAGAAAUAGAAUUAAUGAGAAAGAAGCGAUCAAAUGAGAUGGUAAUUAAAGAAGAAGUUGAAGUUAAGGAAGAAGUCGAGAUUGAAAAAGUUCAUAGGCAAGAUGAAGAAGUCGUACAAGAGAAAGAAGAUGAAGGGAUUUUAGUUGAAAAUAGGGUUGAAGUAGGUAGUUAUUUUAUUGCAGGAACUGGUAGGGAACCAGAAUUGAAGGUGAAGUUGUAUUGCGUGAAUUAUAGGAAGUUUGAAAUAGAAGAUGAGAAUAGGGAUUUGAAUUAUUUAAUAGCGAAGAGUUUUGUGGAUAAUAAGAUUUAUUGUAGGGGUAGAAAUUUACAGGCGAAUUUGUUUGAGAUUAAGUAUGUGAAAGGGAGUAAUAGUUUAAAAAGGAAUAAUAAUUUAUGUGUGGACGUUUUAUCAAGGAAAGGAAUAGGCGGGAAGGAGAUAGGAACUAAUUAUGAGAUUUUAGAUAACCAGAUAAGGGAGAAUUAUUUUCAGGAUUUUUGGAGGAAUUUUUAUUAUGAUAGGGUAGUAGGAGACUUAGAAUUGGAAUUAUCGAUUGAGAAUGAAGGGAAUUUGUGUAGCUUUGAGCAGGAUGAGGAUUGUAGGAAGCAGGAUAAGAUUAAAAGAGUUAGGAGUAGUGAGUUUUUGGAAGUAGUAGGCAUUGAUUAUUUGAAUAAUUUAAUUAUGAGUGAAAAGGGUAAACGGAUUGUUGUAAUUGAAGAAUUAAGAGAUUAUUUUAUGUGUGGGAUUUUUAUUGAGAAGCCCUGGAUUAAUUUAGAAAAGGGGGGAGGAAAAGAAAAGCGAGAAUGGAAAAAGUUUAGGAAAAAGAUUAGUAAAUUAGUGGUAGUUCUUAAAUUUUUAUACUAGGAUGAUGAAAUUUCUCAGGCUCAGCUGGUGACGUCACCGUGCGGGGUUUCAGUAAUGACUAGGGAGCUGUGUUAGGCGAUCGUGUCCGAAUACCUAAAGCAGGUCCCGAAGUUUUUUUUAAAGUUAAUUGGUAAAUUGAAAAAAAAAACCCUGUAAUUCCAAUAUUUUGUUUUGUUUUCAUAGUCAGGGGAGGAUUGUAAUUUUGUGUUUUUGUGUUCAAUUUAAAG